UGUCUCACCACAACCAGCUGGCGGAAGCAGCGCUAAGUUGGGUUGAUAAAUGGGAAACGGAGGUGUUACCUGAUCUCAGAUGCAGUAGAGGAGGUGUAGAAGAGGAGGAACACGUGAUGACCGAGAGAACGAGAGCAGGAGCGGAGACAAACAUGAAGAUAAAACGUCGCGAGCGGUUCUUCUGAUUUUAUUUUGAAACCGAGGCGGAAGUCCGCAGUCCACUUGGGCAGACUUUUCUGGGAUUCUGGCGCUGCCGAGAGGACGGACUGGACCGACGGGACCGGACCUUGACGUGUUGGUGACGUCAUCGCGGGAAACCGAUGUAGACGACGCAGUUCUGUUUCCGAGGUGCUCGUUUUCCUAGUUUAGAGCGUUGGAGCGAAGUUUGGCGCCGUGAUUGACCCAGAAGUGCCGAGGACGUGGACGGGACACCGGACAUGGAGAAGAACGUGGCCGACCUCACCGUGAUGGACGUGUAUGACAUUGCCGCGGUGGUCGGGCAAGAGUUCGAGCGGAUCAUUGACCAGCAUGGCUGCGAGGUUCUGUCCCGGCUCAUGCCCAAGGUGGUUCGGGUCCUGGAGAUCCUGGAGGUGUUGGUGACCCGCAGCAGCCUGAGCCCGGAGACGGACGAGCUGCGCCUGGAGCUGGAUAAGCUGCGCCUGGAGCGGGUGGACCGGCUGGAGAAGGAGAAGAAGCACCGCAAGGAGCUGGAGCUGGUGGAGGAUGUAUGGAGAGAAGAAGCUCAGGAUCUCCUCCAUCAGAUUGCUCAGCUCCAGGAGGAGAACAAGAGUCUCCUCACCAACAUGUCCACCAAAGACUCCCUGAGUGAGGAGGACCUGCAGAGACAUGAGGGGAUGACCGAACGAGAGAAGGAGGUGAUGAAGAAGCUCAAAGAAGUUGUGGACAAACAGAGAGACGAGAUCCGUGCCAAAGACCGCGAGCUGACCCUGAAGAACGACGACGUUGAGGCACAAAAGGUGGAGCUAGAGGCCCGGGACCAGGCCCGUGGACAGGAAAUGUCCACACUCCGACAGGAAGUUACACGGCUGAGGGAACGACUUGAAGGAAACACAGAGGAAGCUCCACCACUCCCACACUCACCUGCAGAAGAGGCGCUCUGUGAUGAGGAGUCGGUGGGGUUGGACAUGAAGGACCCAAGCAGACCCCGGUUCACCCUGCAGGAACUCCGCGAUGUCCUGCAUGAAAGGAACGAGCUGAAGGCCAAGGUCUUCCUGCUGCAGGAGGAGCUGGCCUACUACAAGAGUGAUGACACAGAAGACGAGGUCGUGUCUUCAUCUCCGUCUCUGGAUUUGAGAUCUCGGUCGUCACCAGCUCCAGAGUCUGGAAUCAAACGCUUGUUUAGUUUCUUCUCGCGGGACAAAGUCCGUGGUUCACAACGGACACAGAACCUGGAUGGGUCCUGGUCCCGCAGCGACCCCGUGUACACAGAGCAAGCACAGGAGGCACUCCAGAGCAUGUAGUCCCGUCCACCCUACAACACAGCGUGAAGGACUGAUUGGAUGUGGCCGUGUCAGGUGGCCUGAAGACAACUCAAGAAGGGAAAAUGAAAUGAGUGCCAUUCUUCCUGUUGGCCUCAGCAGGUGACAUUAUUUAUGUUUGUGUUGACAAAGAAGUAAACUUUUAUCGCCAGCGUGUUUGUGCCUAUAGUGAGGGGGCGUGGCCUCUUGAUUGACUGCACUUGACCAGAGCACCAGACAUUCUGUUCUGAAAACGUUUAUUCUCGUCGAUCAUUUCAAUAAAUAUAUUUACAGGAAGUGACGUCAGCCAGCACUGAUGGCUAUUCAUGGUUUUGGUUUUGGCCAGCAAUGAGGCUGAGAGGAGACCCCGUCCGGUGCGGGGUCAUCUGGUCCCAUCACAACCACUAGAGUUCAAACGGUGAUCUGCAGUGACCCAAGCUCAGCUGAGAACACUGAUGUCUGGAAGUGAAAAUCCCCAGCGGUCGUGUUGGAAAAAAACAAAACAAGUGGACUGCGGAGGAAAGUCUGGUGACUGACGCCGACCGGUGGCGCAGCGCGUGUGAGUGU